CUGGGUACUAUUGCAGUGGAGUAGGCCUAACUAAGGAAUCUAACCCAUGCAGCGCUGGGUAUUACUGCCCUGGAGGUCAGGUUACUGACUCUCCUGUUGAGUAUACAUGCCCGAAAGGAUUCAUGUGCCCACUGGGAAGCCCAAGCCCCAUCAUUUGCCCAAGAGGCCAAUACCAAGACCAAGUUGGUGAAGCAACAUGUAUGCCUUGUCCUACAGGCAAAUAUUGCGAUCCACAUGAGUUGAAUAAUGUGACAGGUGUUAUCGUCCCUGUUGAUUGCCCCGCGGGCUACUACUGCCCUCUAUCAACAGAGUUUGCCCAACAGAACCCUUGUGCCCCAGGGACCUUCAGCAAUCAGACACAACUCACACAACAAAGUGACUGUUGGGAUUGCCCAGG